GUCCUUGGAAAGAUCAAAACUAAUAAUACCGAUAUUUGCAAGCGUAUGACAGUGUUUAUUAGGGCGAGUGUAAACGUUUAAUGUCCAACAUAUUUCUCUUUGGUUAAAGUUGAGUGGUUUGCUUCAGUUAAAAUAGAACAAAACGGUGUAUGAGAGCUGUUGAUUAAAUUACCACUUCGCCAUCUCUCAGCUGGUCAUCAGUGAGCUAGCUAGUUAGCAGCUAGCCUCAGCAGCUGGUAGCUAUGGCUGCAGUUAUUUUGAGUUUCCCAACUCUGCAGGGUCUGAGGAUAAUUACACAAAAACUGUCAUGGACCAAAAGAGGCGUGAGGCUCGUUUCAGGAGGGGUGGGAAGGAUAGAGAAGGUGCUGAUUGCCAAUCGAGGAGAGAUUGCGUGUCGUGUGAUGCGCACAGCCAAGAAGAUGGGCGUCCGCUCUGUGGCUGUAUACAGUGAUGCAGACAGACACUCCAUGCAUGUGGCCAUGGCAGAUGAAGCCUACCGUAUCGGUCCUCCACCCUCCCAGCAGAGUUACCUCUCCAUGGAGAAAGUUUUGGAAGUGGCCAAGACAUCUGGAUCACAUGCGGUCCACCCUGGUUAUGGCUUUCUGUCAGAAAACACAGAGUUUGCAGAGGCGUGUAAACAGGAAGGCAUCAUCUUCAUUGGGCCACCUUCCUCUGCCAUCCGAGACAUGGGCAUUAAAAGCACAUCCAAACACAUCAUGUCAGCUGCCGGGGUGCCAAUCAUUGGUGGUUACCAUGGAGAGGACCAAUCAAAUGAGAGGCUGCAAGCAGAGGCUGCCCAGAUCGGAUACCCUGUGAUGAUUAAGGCAGUCCGUGGAGGAGGAGGGAAGGGGAUGCGUAUCGCACGGUCAGACUCGGAUUUCUUGGAGCAGUUGGAGUCGGCGAGACGAGAAGCAAGAAAAUCCUUCAAUGAUGAUGUCAUGCUAGUUGAGAAGUUUGUAGAGGAUCCCAGACAUGUGGAGGUUCAGGUGUUCGGGGACAUGCACGGUAACGCUGUCUAUCUGUUUGAGAGAGACUGCAGCGUCCAAAGAAGACAUCAGAAGAUCAUAGAGGAAGCACCAGGGCCUGGUAUUAGUCCUGAGGUUCGGAGGAAACUUGGAGAGGCGGCAGUUAAAGCAGCCAAGGCUGUCAACUAUGUAGGCGCAGGUACGGUGGAGUUUAUAAUGGACGCCCAGCAUAACUUUUACUUCAUGGAGAUGAACACCAGGCUGCAGGUGGAGCAUCCUGUCUCUGAGAUGAUCACUGGAACGGACCUGGUGGAGUGGCAGCUCAGGGUGGCAGCAGGGGAGCGCCUGCCUCUCCUCCAGGAUGACAUCAUUUUAAGGGGACACUCUUUUGAGGCUCGUAUCUACGCCGAGGACCCAAACAAUGACUUCCUUCCAGGGGCGGGGCCUCUGCUGCAUCUCUCCACCCCUUCAGCAGACCAACACACACGCAUAGAGACUGGAGUCAGGGAAGGGGACGAGGUGUCUGCACAUUAUGACCCAAUGAUCGCCAAGCUUGUGGUGUGGGGAGAAGACCGAUCUGCUGCCUUAAAGAAGCUGCGUUACUGCUUACGACAGUACAAUAUCGUGGGACUGAACACUAACAUUGACUUUUUGCUGAGUCUUUCGGGUCACCCGGAGUUUGAGGCUGGAAACGUGACCACCAGCUUCAUCCCUCAGCACUACGCUGACCUCUUCCCCACUCCGAGUUCUCCCUCUGGGAAAACGAUCUGCCAGGCGGCCCUGGGCCUGGUGCUGCAGGAGAGGAAACACACACAGGAGUUCACACAGACCUCCACUGACCCAUUCUCCCCAUUUGGCUCCAGCAGCGGCUGGAGAAGCAACAUUCAGUUUAAUAGAAACAUGACGUUACAGCUGGGAGACAAAAAAGUUGAUAUUGUCGUCGUGUAUAACAAAGAUGGCAGCUACACAAUGCAGAUUGGUGAGGAGGUGUACCAUGUGACUGGGGAGGUGGAGGUGGAAGAUGGAGCGUCAUUCCUUCACUGUUCUGUCAAUGGCAUGAAGUCUCGUCCCAAACUGGUGAUCCUGGACAACACCGUGCACCUGUUCUCCACGGAGGGAAGCGCCCAAGUGUCUGUUCCAGUGCCCAAGUAUCUGGCUGGUGUGAGCGGCUCUGGGGCUCAAGGUGGAGCUGUGGCCCCCAUGACUGGAACCAUAGAGAAGGUGAUGGUAAAGGCUGGAGACAAAGUGGCUGUGGGAGACCCGCUGAUGGUCAUGAUCGCCAUGAAGAUGGAGCAUACGAUCCGGGCGCCAAAGUCAGGUGUGAUCAAGAGAGUUUUCUUCAGCGAGGGCUCUCAGGCCAAUCGCCACGCUCCUCUGGUGGAGAUGGAAGAGGAGGCGGGGGAGGGGGAGGGGGAGGGGAGCAGCCAGUAAACUGACUGAAACGCACACCCGUGAAUACACACACCGACAGGUAGGAGAGAGCCGGAACCGGUUACUGUGACAGCUUGAGGGAAAGUGACUCAGUCUGAAUGGAGUUGGUGUCCAUCACUUAAUUAGUAUUUCUGAGGAUGUGAAUCAGGACGUGAAUCAUCUGUUGGGAGCGAGUCUGGUUCAGGCUGGAAUAAAUUAGAAAAUUACUUUCACCCUGGGGACCCAGCAUGCAUAACGAAGGUCAGAAACAAUCAGUGACCUGUAAUGUUCCUGGGUUUGACUGGUGUGACAGCCAGCGGGUAAACGCCACAACAAUCACUAAUGUACAGCUGCCUUUUACACAUCAUAACCUUUCUGUUGAUUGUACACCUUUUGUCUGUUCCUUCUUUUCUUUCUUGUGUGUUUUUAUAUGUUUGAGUCAGUGGCGCGCUGGCAACUUGUGCUUGCAAUUCUCCUCCCUAUGUGUUUCUGUCAGAGGUGUAGUGUUGGUGAAAGAGUUGGGCUGGGUAUUCUCUUAUUUAGCACAGUUUAAUGCACUUCCUGUACUGAUGAGGUUGUCCUGUCUACGCACACUCUGUGUAGUACUUAAUCGUUACACAGGGAAAAACUAAAUAGUUGCUUGUAAGCAAUUCUGAGGCAGAAGAUAAUAAGAACAUGCGAAAUCAGACGAAAUACUUGCAGAAUUAUAGCAUAGUGGGUUAUAGGUAUAGUUCCUGAUGAUUGAGGGGGGACAACUUCACAUUUACAUGACCUUAACCCUUGUGUUGACUUUGGGUCAAAUUGACCCGUUUUCAAUUUUUGUUUUAUAUCAGAAAAUAUGGGACGUAGAAAUAAGCGCUGAAAAUGUGUAGAAGAAAAAUUUAACAAUUUAAAACGUUGGAAAAAGCUAAAAAGCAAAAAAAAAAAAGGUUGACGGGAAGACAACACAAGGGUUAAAAGAUUUACUGAGUGAAAAAAACAACUUGUAAUGCUUAAUAACCGGUUUGUCUGGGGAAAAGUGAAGCGAUUGUCACUGUUGGGAAGAACAAUGUAUCUCAAUUUUAGAAAACUGCCCUACCACCUGUAAAUAUCCUGCCAGUAUUCAAAAGUGCAUUGUCACUAAGCUUAAAGCAAUGCUGUUUUUCUUAAUCGUUAUGAAUUGACACUUGAAAGCUACAUGGCUUUCACUGCACGGUGAUUUUAGGAGGAAAGAUUGACUGGAUGUAAACCCAUUUUUUUUGGUGCAGGAAAUAUUUUGUAUUUGGGUUUGUUAAUGUCCUGUUUUUCCACAUCCACAACAUUGCUCUGCUCUUAUAAAAAAAAAAAAACCAAGCCUCUGUUGUUUGAUGUAAAGGAGAUUG